AUCUGAGUCCGAGGUUGCUUUGGAGCUUCAAAUCAAACCAAAUUGGUUCAGGACAAAAAAAAAUCAAACCAAAUUGAACCGAUUGCUUGCCGGGUCUAUGCAUUUCCUUUGAUAAUUUUAUGCUUUGGGGAACCAAGCAAAUCAAUCUCAGGCUGGUAAAACGAAGAAGAAAAGAGAGUUUUUUGACGAACAGAUGAGAUGAAGAGAAUGCAAUUCAAGAUGUACGGUUCGUUCGGGUCCAGAGUGGUGGUGCUGCUUUUGUUUCUGCUUCUGGGCAUAAGCAAUUGCGUAGCACAAGCUUCUUCUUCUUCUGAGGCUACUAUGCACACUAACAACUGGGCUGUUUUGGUCUGCACCUCUCGCUUCUGGUUUAAUUAUCGACACAUGGCUAAUACUUUAUCAUUGUAUAGGACAGUUAAGCGGUUAGGAAUACCUGAUGAGAGGAUAAUACUCAUGCUGGCAGAUGAUAUGGCUUGCAAUGCUAGAAACAAAUACCCUGCACAAGUUUUUAACAAUGAGAACCACAAACUUAACUUGUAUGGAGAUAAUGUUGAGAAUUUGAAUGGCCCAGUUGAUAUUACAUUUAGUAUCCAAGCCAUAGACAUCAUCUAUAAUGGGACUGUCGAGAGCUUGGAAUGA